AUGCUGUAUAUUUCAAUCUCUUUCUCUCUCUUGAUCAUACUCUAUGUUUUCAAUCUCUUUUCUCUCUUUUUGAUCAUGCUGUAUGUUACAAUCUCUUUUCUCUCUUUUGAUCAUGCUCUUUAUUUAAAAUCUCUUUUCUCUCUCUUGUCAUGCUCUACAUUUCAAUCUCUUUUCUCUCUCUUGGUCAUGUCUAUAUUUAAUCCUUUUUCAAUCUCUUUUUCUCCUCUCUUGAUCUCGUACUCUAUAUUUCAAUCUCUUUUUUCUCUCUUUGAGUCAUACUGUAUAUUUCAAUCUCUUUUUCUCUCUUUUGAUCAUGCUCUAUAUUUCAAUCUCUUUUCUCUCUUUUUAUCAUGCUGUAUAUUUCAAUCUCUUUUCUCUCUUUUGAUCAUGCUCUAUUUUUCAAUCUCUUUUCUCUCUCUUGAUCAUGCUCUAUAUUUCCAAUCUCUUUUCUCUCUCUUGAUCAUGCUCUAUUUUCAAUCUCUUUUCUCUCUCUUGAUCAUGCUUCGACGGGAUCAUGCUCGCUUUCACUCGCUGGCUUUUUGUUUCCCGCGACCGUCGUCUGGAACGGCUUGCGGUCCUCUUUUUUUUUUAACACAUGGGAAAACUCGCGCUAUUAAAAUCGUCUUUUCUCUCUCUUUAUUCCACUCUAUAUUCAAUCUCUUUUUCUCUCUUUUGAUCAUACUCUAUAUUCUGUCUUUUUUCUCUCUUGAUCAUACUCUAUAUUUCAAUCUCUUUUUCUCUCUUUUGAUCCUUGCUCUAUGUUUCAAUCUCUUUUCUCUCUCUUUCAUGCUGUUAUAUUUCAAUCUCUUUUUCUCUCUCUUGAUCAUGCCUUAUAUUUCAAUCUCUUUUUCUCUCUUUUGA